GCGAGAUUUUGUUCCAACAAGCAAUCAGUGGUUGCCAGGUUUUUACCUGCCAUUCUCUGCAACAUCUUUAAUAAGACCAAUACACGGGAAUGGCUGUGCUUCAGUCGGAGCUGCUGCUGCCUCUGCUGCUGUUAGGUCUGUUUGGCAACACUGCAAAAGGACAGCGGGACCCAGAGUUGUUCUGUGGAGCUUGCAGGGCCCUUGCGGAUGAGCUGAUGUACGAUAUUAAGAAAAUAGGCCCAAAGAGGACUGUGAAUUCGGGGACAUUUCGACUAAACCCUGACGGCACACGAGGGAAGAAAAAGAUCCCUUUUGCAAAAUCCGAGACCUUUUUAACGGAUGUUUUGGAAAAGAUAUGUGACCGGAUGAACGAUUACCAGCUUCAAGAUGAUCCAGACACGAAGAAAAAGAUAUUCAAGAGAUAUGCCCCUCGGAAGGAUGAGCCAAUCUAUGCAGAAUAUAAAAAAUACUUUUUUUAUUCUGAUGCUUAUAAGCCCCUAAAAUAUGCGUGUGAAACUAUCAUAGAACAGUAUGAAGAUGAAAUAUUCUCACUUAUCGCCCAGGAGGCAGACUUUCUGGCUGACAGGCUGUGCAUUGAAAAAUCAGGUCUUUGUGAAAAGCCUGAGACACAUAGUGAACUCUAGCAAAACAGCCGUCGAGUAAUAUUACAGAUGAAGAACAAUGACAGAAAUAGCUCUACGGUCUCUGUCUUCCAUUCUUAUUUUCACUUUUUUUAUUUAAAAAAGUCUAUCGAAAACACUGAUUAUUUUUUUUGUAUUGACAGACAAAUAUAUUAAAAUUGCCAUUUGCACCA